AUGUCGAACCCACGGCCUGAUACGUUGAAGGCCCACUGGAAAUGCCUGGCCGCGUGUACCCUGGUUAGCAUGUGCCCAUUUCAAUAUGGAGUGGAUUUUGGUAUCAUCGGCGGUCUUCAGGCCAUGCCUGGAUUCUUGGAGGUCUUUGGACAUGUGGACCGGGAUUCACCAAUCGGUUACAACAUUUCUCAUACCCGACAGCAGCUCAUUUCAUCCUUAAUGAUCUUGGGGGCUUUCAUCAGUUCUGCAUUCGGAGGGCCAAUUGCAAAGUUCAUUGGCCGAAAGAUGUCCAUUUGGGUCGCAGCCCUUCUCUGUGUCGUCUCAAACGUUAUCAUGAUGGCAUCCGAGAGCAUCGGAGCGCUGUACUUUGCUCGUUUCUUGAUCGGCGUGGCAAAUGGCAUGUUCCUUACAUUUGCCCAACUUUACCUGCAAGAAUGCGCUCCUGCCAUUUAUCGAGGUCUCGUCAUCGGCUUGUUCCAGUCCUGGACAUCAAUUGGAACUCUGGUGGGCACAAUCAUUGACAAUUUCACCGUCAAGCUGGGAGGUAAACAAUCAUACAUCGUCCCGCUGGGAAUCAUCUACAUUGUCCCUGGGAUCAUGUCCAUUGGAUUACUCUUCAUCCCCGAGUCUCCGCGUUGGUUCCUCCUUAACGACAAGACCGAAAAAGCUCGCAAGUCUUUGCUAUGGCUCCGGCCAUAUCCGGAGACGGUCGAUGACGAGAUCACGGAGAUCUCGUCUGCCAUUGAAGCGGAGCGAGCCUUGGCCAAGAGUGCUGAUGUGCUUGAUAUGUUCCGCAAUCCAGUUGAUCGACGUCGAACGUUGCUUUCCGUGGGGGCCGUGUCGCUUCAAGCCGCUUCUGGUGCCAUGUACAUGAUCUCCUACGGCACAUAUUUCUUCGAAAUGGCAAAAGUCGGCUCUGCAUUCGAGAAUUCGUGUAUCCUUGUUGCGGUUGGGGUGGCAGCAAUACUGAUCAACAGCGCUAUUAUCACCAAAUACGGACGGAGACGAGUUUUUCUUACCACUGGUAUGAUUCUCUGUGGUAUCACACAACUUAUCAUCGCGAUCGUCUACGACAAGCAAGGACCAAGUACUUCGACCGGAAAGGUCAUUGUAGGCGUCUCGGUCGUCUACAUCGUCGGCUAUAAUGGCAUGGUUGCGACCUACGCCUGGCUCUGUGGUGGCGAGUUCCCAUCUCAGCGUCUGCGCAGCUACACAUUCGGUCUGGCGUCUUCGAUUGGUUUUCUGGGCGCCUGGCUCGCGACAUUCACAGCACCAUAUUUCAUCAACCCGGAUUCUUUGAACUGGGGACCAAAGUAUGGCUACAUCUGGACCCCAAGCUGCUUGCUCGGCGCUCUGUGGACGUACUUCUUCCUCCCUGAGGUGAAGAAUCGGAAGUUUGAGGAAAUCGACGAGAUGUUUGAGGCACGUCUCCCAGCCCGCAGUUUCCGGAAAUACAAGUGUGUCGGAUCGGUGGCGGCGGUGGCGGCGGCGGCGAAAGAGGAUGAAAGCGGAAGUGAGAAAGAACACCACCAUGCCAGAGUCAGUCAUGAGGAGAUCAUUUGGUCGAAUGAGAAGGCUGUUGCUGAGACGGCCGUUGCUGUCGGUUGA